AUCUCCCUCCAAUUUCCCUCCAUUUUCUUUCAAAACCCUAAACCUCCCCAAAACCCUAGCCAAAAGGUACCUCGAUCUCGAUGUCGAAAUCCGAAGAAGACUCUAAACCCGCCGCCGCCGAUGAUCGCCGGCUCGACGAAGAGUACAAGAUCUGGAAGCAGAACACGCCGUUCAUGUACACCUCGUCAUCACCGACGUCUCGAGUGCCCUCGAUGACGGUCUCAGGCUGCCGGAGCGAGCGGAGGCUCGCCGGAAAAGACUACUCCCACAAGCUGAUCCUGGGGACCUACGCCGGUGACGAGCGUAACUAUCUCAUGAUCGCCGAGGUCCAGCUCCCGAUCGAGGACGCUGAGAGGCAAAUGAGGGUCUUUGACGUCGAUCACGGCGAGAUCGGAGUGUUUGAAGGCGCUAGAGGCAAAAGCAAGGUAAAAGUAAUUCAGCAGAUAAAACACGAAGGAGAAGUUAAUCGAGCUCGUUACAUGCCUCAGAAUUCUUCCCUUAUUGCAACAAAGACAGUUAGUGCAGAGGUGCAUGUAUUUGAUUACAGCAAGCAUCCUUACAACCCUCCUAUAAGCGGUGGUGAAUGCAAUCCUGAUUUGAGGUUGAAGGGCCACAGCUCUGAAGGAUAUGGUUUAUCAUGGAGUCAUGAUGCUCAAAUAUGCUUGUGGGACAUUAACGCAGCACCCAUUAAUAAGUCUCUUUGGCCUCUUAGAAGCUUUAAGGUAAAUGAAGAUGCUGUUGAGGAUGUUGCGUGGCAUUUGAGGAAUGAAUACUUGUUUGGCUCAGUUGGUGGUGAUCAACACUUGGUCAUAUGGGAUAUUAGAGCACAAACAACUGACAAGCCGAUUCAGUCUGUAUUUGCUCAUCGAGAUGUGGUUAAUUGCUUGGCAUUCAAUCCUGCCAAUGAGUGGCUUGUAGCAACAGGUUCAGCUGAUAAGACUGUUAAGUUGUUUGACCUCCGCAAACUAAGCACUUCUCUUUAUGCCUUUAAUUAUCACAAGGAAGAAGUUUUCCAAGUGGGAUGGAGUCCAAAAAAGGAGUCGAUACUAGCAUCUUGCUGUGCUGGUAGGAGGAUUUUAGUGUGGGAUUAUAGCAGGAUUGGCGAUGAACAGGACCCAGAGGAUGUAGAAGAUGGUCCACCGGAACUUUUGUUCAUACACGGCGGUCACACUACCAAGAUAUCCGAUUUUUCUUGGAACCCUUACGAUGAGUGGGUGAUUGCUAGCGUCGCUGAUGAUAACAUACUUCAAGUAUGGCAGAUGGCUGAGAAUCUUUACUACAGUCACGGUGAUAAACUACCACCUGAUGAACCUUCAUCACCUAGAACACCCACUUAAACUAUCAAGUUUCUGCAGAUGUUUGUAUAGCGACCUGCAAAUAUCAUGUACAUUUUUCUGUUUCUCACACGCACAUACACACAUUUAGCUUCGCCCAGCACAGCAGUGAUCCUGUUUGGGUCUCAUUAUGUGAUUUUGUUUUGGAAAGAUCACACGAAAUCACUUCUCGUAUAAAGAGUAGGUAUACAAUACGCACGCGAUUCUAUUCUUUUCUUUAGAUGUACAUGUACAUGUUGUUGUAGUGAAUUCUAAAGCAAUGAACAGAUCGGCGGUACAUUCUUUCUCUAAUGUGCAUUCG